GGAAAAAACUGAAUAUGACACAAUUACCAUCAGAAAAAGGGAUUUAUGUGCCUGUCACGGCAGUUUUAGUUAGUCCAAACAUUAUAGUUCAAGUAAAAACCCGAGAAAAAAAUAACCACACGACGAUUUUUGUGCAAGUGGCGUUUGAAGAAUGUCAAACUAAAAGUUUAAAUAAGCCCCGACUAGGACAUUUACAAAAAAAUAGUAUUCCUUCGCAUCGUUAUUUAAGAGAAAUAAGGAUGGAAGCUCCAGAGGAGACAUCAGUUCAAGAAAUAAUGUCACGGUUGGUAGUAGGUUCCCAGUUAGAUAUUUCUUUGUUUGUCGAAAAAGAAAAAAUUAAAAUCACUGGCUUUUCGCGAGGUAAGGGAACUGCCGGAGUAAGAAAAAGAUAUAAUAAAAAGCGUGGUCCGAGCUCUCAUGGUUCAGGAUUUCAUAAUGCUAUUGGUUCUACGGGCUCGGGACGGGAUAUGAACCGAGUAUUGAAAGGCAAAAAAAUGCCGGGCCGCAUGGGAAACAAAAAAACUACUAUUAAAAAUUUGAUAGUAGAAAAAAUCAAUCUUGAAAAAAACAUUAUUUUUUUGCGGGGCGGUGUUCCGGGACCAAGCAAAGGCUUAUUGAACUUAACCAAAGAUUUAAAGCUAACUACCGAAGAAAAAAUUCCUGAACCAGAAGUUAAGGUGGAAAAAACGGAACGAGAAAAAGAAUUAGAAGCCGAAGUAGUCCGUCUUCAUGAGGAAAAAUUACGUUUAUUAGCCGAUAACGAAAACCAAAAAAAAAUUCAUCAGCGAGAAACUGAGCGA